UACCAGUAGGCUGUCGUAUUUGUAUGCAAAGUGCUAAUCAAACGGUGCUUUAGAUUACAUCAUUAUCAGUAUUUGACUUUAUAAAGCAUGAGUGUAAAACACAUCGAGUCCAGGCCAAGCUUCUGUUCAGUAUUGGUGCCAGAAUCAUCGUAUGUGCGAGAGGUGUCCAUUUAAAGUUGCGUAAUGUAAAUGGGGAGGAUAUCUCAGUUCCUCUUAAGGCCUUCCCGUUAACCCUCAUGUCUAUGCUAAACACCCACAGCUCUUCACUCAUCCACUCCUCGAAAUACGGAAAUCAACAUUGGUUCAAGCAAUAACCAUGGAGUAUGAGCAUAAUUAUGAUGAUGAGGAUGAAAAAAUCUGGGAUAUGCUUAACAACAGUGAAAACACAAGCUAUCCAGAUUGUGAGGAUAACGAGCACGUCAAACUCUGCUCUGCAUCAAACGUCAACCAAUUGGGCUCGGCCAUGAUUCCUUAUUUCUACUACAUCAACUUCCUCCUGAGUUACUUGGGCAACUGGCUUGUUUUGUUCAUCAUCGUCAAGCUUGAGAAGGUCAACAGCGUCACUAACAUCUUCCUCAUCAAUCUGGUCACCUCUAACAUCCUGUUUGCAUCCAGCUUCCCCUUCCUGGCCAAAUACCAUUCCUCCGAGUGGAUCUUCGGCACGGUGCUUUGCAAGUUGGUCAGCAGUGCCCAUCUGAUCGGUUUCUACAGUUCCAUCCUCUUCCUCACCCUGAUGACCUUUGACCGCUACCUGGCCGUGGUGCACGCGGUGUCCGCUGCCAAGAGCAGGAGGAGGGCGUACGCCAUCGGGGCGUCGUUGAUCGUUUGGUUCAUCAGUGUGCUGGCCAGUCUAAAUGAGCUGGUGUUCAAAGGCGUGUGGAAGGACAGCGAGCAGGGCCUGAUGUGUGAGGAGACAGGAUACCACGCCGACGUCGUCGAACAGUGGAAUCUGGUCAGCUACUACAUGCAGUUCCUCCUCUUCUUCCUGCUGCCCCUCUUCAUUGUGAUGUACUGCUACACCUGCAUCACCGUGCGGAUCAUGUCCACUCGCAUGAGGGAGAAAUGGCGCUCGGUGAAGCUGAUAUUCAUCAUCAUGUUCACCUUCUUCGUUUGCUGGACUCCCUAUAACAUCGUGAUCCUGCUGAAGGCCAUUCAGAUCUCCACAGCCGACAAAGCAAACCCGAUGUGCGUUCAGGUCGAAGCUCUGAACUAUGCGUUGUACGUGACCAGAAACAUAGCGUUCUUGUAUUGUUGCAUCAGCCCCAUGUUCUACUCCUUUGUGGGUAAGCGGUUUCAGAAUCACUUCAGGAAGCUGUUGUCGAAGAACAUGCCUUGUCUGGCACGUCACUUCAGACCCGCUAGUCUGAGCAGCAAGUCCACCUCACAAAGGACAUCCCACACAAACGACUUUUAACAUGCGGGAGACAAUUUACUUUGUUUGAAUUACACAAUUGAAUGGGAAAAUGGAUGAUUCAAUUUUAAGUUUUACAUUUAAAUGUAGUCAUUUAGCAUAUACCUUAUAAAUGAAUAUCUAAUAAGUAAUUGCAAUUAUGUAGUGUUCUUUUUUAAGGCACUUAAAGCGCUUUAAUCAGUUAGUUAGUUUAUUAGUUGUCCCCUUAGGGACAUUUUUUUUCAGUUUCCUUCCGUCAUUUCCCAAAUAGUGAGUUUGUGGUUGAGAAUAACACCUCAUAUUAACGAGGCUGAGAACAAUCUAAGUUUGUAUUGUUUUUAGAGAAGUUAGGUUAGGUUCUCGAAGGAUGAAAAAUCACUAGAGGAAGUGUAGAAUAACUGAGUUGUUCGGCCGUCAACUAGCUUUGUCAUGACAGCAUUUUAACCACUUUUGCUUGAAAUAUAAUUAUAAAGAGAGAAUAUAAUCGAUAUUGAAUUUAGAAUUUCUGCAUUUUUAAUGUUAUGUUGUAAAACCAUUUUGUGUAGCAUAAGCGUUGUUGUGUUUCUACUGUUAUUUCAUUUUAGUUGUAGAGCAUGUGUAAGAAAUGAAGAUAAAGCGUCGUUUGGAUGGUUUGCGCUGCUCUUCCUAACAGCAGUGGUCGAUCCCCGGCCAGUAGAGUCGAUGCGCUACCGAAGCCGGAGCUACUGCAACUCCACCGUCUACCGACACUCUUCCACCACUUGGAUGUGGAAAAUAUAUGUCGACAUAUAUAUGUUUAAGAAAAAUCUCCAGCUCUUCUUUUUAUAUCGUAGCACUUAAAAAUGCUACGACGGCUGCUUUGCUUUUUUCCUUUUUUUAAGAUGUGUGAUUGGGAAGCAAUAUUUGGGGUCCAUCUUCAUUGUUGAAAGUAUAAAGUAUCAAAUAAAUGUAAUGUAGUGAAUGCA